AAAUUAUGCAUCCCUAUUUUGCAAGACUCGUGGAAAGGCGUCAUUUUUCAUUUUUGCAAAUAUAAAAUUGUGUGAAAAUGUUUUAUUGAUUUGAUUGCAAGUUGUAAAAUGUGUUUUUGCAAAUAAUUUUGCAUGUUUGCAAGUAUUUUUUUUAAAAAUACCCAUAGUGAUAUCGUUAAAAACAACGAAAAAAUAAAUUAUUGGUAGAGAAAAAACCGGACGUGAAACGAUUGCGAAAAAAGCCGCUAAGCCGAUUGCCAGAGUAGAGUAAUUACAGCAAUUGGGAAGAAAUUGAUAUUGUUGGCACAGUUUAAAAGUUAAAACACAAACCCCUUAACAUCACUUGGAUUUUCCUUCGGAUUUUAUAAAAAGCAGCCAAAAUUGUGGAAAAACAGGAAAAAACUCCCAAGCGGAAGAAGAAGGCCGCAGCCAGUAAAAUGACUGCGGUCUUCUCGCCGCAACCACCGCCCCAGGCUGGUCAACCACCUCCAGGAAGUAUGAUGCAGCCUCCACAAUCGACAACGCCGAACUCAAUGCAGCCACCGCAACAACAGUCGGUUGUUGGACCCGGUCCGGGCGUUGGUAUGAUGGGACCGGGAGGUGGUGGUCCGGGUAUGCCCCCUGGCAUGGGUAUGAGUGGACCCGGUGGUGGACAAAUGCAACGGGGUCCUCCCAUGGGCGUUAUGGGUGGUCCCUCGGGCGGCCCAGAAGGCAUGAUGGGUGUUCCAUCGGCCGGACAACAUGGUGGUGGUGUACCACCUCCAAGUCCCACACAUAUACAGAAAAUACUCGAUGAAAAUUGUAAAAUUAUUCAAACAAUACAAAGCUUCCAGAAUAUGGGCAAGUCGUAUGAAUGUACAUCAUAUCACAUUGCUCUGCAUCGAAAUCUCGUUUAUUUGGCACAGUUGGCAGAUCCUACAAUGAAUAUAAAUCAGAUACUGCCACCACCACACAUUCUGCAACCGCAGGCACAGCAACAGGGUCCACAUGGCAUGAUGGGAUCAGCAGGACCACCGCCACAGCAGCAAUCGGUGCUGCAAGGUGGGCCUCCUCCACCACCUGGUAGCCAAUCACAAAUGGGUGGCCCGGGUGCGCCUGGUGGUGGUAUGGUCUCAAUGCAGCAACAUGAUAAUAGUGGUCAACCAAACACGGGAAUGCCUCCAUAUGGAGGUCAAGUGCCACAACAGCAUCCGGGGAUGACACCGAAUGGUAGUCAGGGACAACAACCGAAUGGUCCACCACAAGCUCAAGGUCCUGGUGGCCAACAAGGCGGACCGCCACCACAAUCGCAACAACAAGGACCCUAUCGUGGACCGGGUCCCCAAGGACCACCAUCUCAGCCUCCUGGUCAGGGACAACCGCAACAGCAAUCGGGUCCACAACAGCCACAAGGAUCGAAUGCUAGCAAUCAAGGCAGCCAACAACGUCCAAAUUCGGGUACACCAACUCCGGGUGCUCCUCCUCCUGGUCAGGGGACAUCGCAACCACCCCAGGGGCCACCAAAUCAACAAGCGCCCCAACAGCAGCCGCCUCAAGGCCCUCCUCCCCAGCAAAGCCAAUAUCGGGGAGCAUAUCCACCACAACAACAUGCACACUAUCCCGGUUAUCCACCACAACAGCAGCCGCAAUAUCCUCCACAGGGUGGUUAUCCUUACGGACCGCCAACCCACGGAUAUGGACCCCCGCCGCCAAAUGCACAAACUGGAUAUCAAGGUCAUGCCGGAAUGCCACCAACAUCGGGAAAUAAUGGCCCACCUGGGCAGCAUCCAUAUGGAGCUAACACAGGCCAACAAGUACCACCCGGAUCCUAUCCUCCACCACCCAAUCAACAAAUGAAUUCAGGACAACAACCUCCGCCAGGGCAAAUGUACGGUCCACCGGGUGGCAACCAAGGUCCGCCAACAAAUCAAUAUGGACCACCACAAAGCUCCGCUGGUCCACCGCCACCCAUGGGUUAUGGAGGAUAUGGAGCACCGCCACCCAAUAGUUACGGCCAAACUACCAAUGCACCACCCGGUGGCUAUGGACCACCGCCAACUAGCCAAACUCAAUCUCCCUAUCAACCAUAUCAACAGGCUGGUCCAGGCCCACAGGGUUAUCCAGGGCAGGGACCCCCACCGCCACAGACACAAGGCAAUCAGCCUUCCAAUACAACACAAGGGGGGCCUCCGAAUCCUAAUGCACCACCUCCUGGUAGUGGCUACAGCUCUUCGCCGAGUCCAGGACAGACACCGCCACCAAAUCAACAACAGCCACCAGUUAGCGGUGCCAAUGGCCCACAAAAUCCACCAACUAGUGUGCAAUCAACACCUCCACCCUCUCAGCCACCAACGAGUAGUUCCAGUGCAGUGAGUGCGGCUGGACCAACUCCAACAUCCCAGCAGACGGGUCAACAACAACAACAACAACAAUCAUCUGCUCCGCCCGGACCACCGGGACCAGCAACAGCAUCACAACAGCAAACGCCACAAAGUUAUCCGCCGGCUUCCAACAGUGGCCCACCUCCAACUGGCCCUCAGGCGACUUAUUCAUCGCCACCGUCUAGCGUGGCUGGAAACAAUUCACCAUAUGCCCAACCACCACCACAGCAAAAUCCUCCAGGUACAGGACCGCCUAAUACUACAGCUCCACCCUCAAAUGGAGCACCUGGACAAGGUCCGCCACCAAUGCCUCCAAAUCAGUAUCAACCACCACCCGGUGCACAGCCUCCAUAUGGAGCUCCACCGCCACCCCAGGGUUAUGGUCCGCCGCCACCAGGCGGAUAUGCACAACAUGGCUAUCAUCAGCCGCAGGGCGGUUAUGGUGCAAUGCCACCUCAGGGACAGUAUCCACCUCCAUCGCCGCAAGGUUACCAGGGAUAUCGCCCAGCUGGACAACAAAUGCCGCCACCAGGUGCUCCGCCACAGGGACCCCCACCAGGUGCCUAUUCCUAUUACAGUAGCCAACCGCCACAAUAAGUGGUUUAGGAAACGAAUAUUAUUUCUAUGGAAUCUACAAAGGCAAAAAAGAUACCCUAAAAAGCUUAAAAAGAAACUACUUAAACUAUUUGGGUUAGCCAUGACUGCACAAAAUUCCUAUUAAUGACUACUCUAAGGAAUGGCUAGAAAAAUAGGCAUUUAUAUAAUAAAAAGGAGAGCACGCUUCCAAUGCUACGCUAGUAAUAAAAAACAUUUUCGAUUCUAUAAAAUAUAAACAAACCAGUUGUCUGCAGAAAAUAGGGAUUUUUGCAAUCGGUUCCCAAUGCGAACAAAGGGUGUAAAAUUUAAAAUCCUGAAACAAAGUAAGAUAAUGCGUACAGAAGAGCCGAGUCGAAACGAAUUCAAGAUUAAAAAAAUGACGAUGCAAUGAUGCAACUGCCCAUGAAAACUUUGAAUCGAAUUAACUCAAUAUUAAUGACUACUUGCUAAGCUUAUUAUUUUUUUUUUUUCGUUUAAAUUAAGAUUAGUGUUUUAUUUACUUACAUCAGUGUGUCCAACAAUUUCCCCCACCCCCCAAAAAAUUCCACUCCCCCACUAGUUUUACGUGUGUGUACUUUUUUUUUAAUUACAUUAAGUCGUAAAGUGUUAAUUGUAUCAUGUAUUAAGCAUAAGAUUUAUUAUGAAAACGUAUCUAUUAGAAAUUCAAUUUUUCUUUUGUGAAAACCGAUUGUUUUGAAAAUUCCAUCCUCCCUCUACAACAACACAUGUAUUUACUUAAGUCGGUUCAAAAACAUUUUUGGUUACGGUUUGAAAUACAAUUUCAACAAAAUAUAUAAAUAGAUUAUUGUGUAAACAACAAAAAUAUGUACUCUCAUCUUUCCCAUUUUCCAAAAUACAUACAUACCAUACAUACAUACAUGAUAAUAAUAAUAACAAUAAUAAUUCGAAUGCAGUAGAUAAAGGAUAUACGAAAGUAAAAAAAUAUAUAUCGUAAUUUUUUUCUUAAACAAAAACAAAAUUGUUCUCAUAAAUAAAGAAAAGAAAUCUUUUCAAGA